AUGUCUUCCAAUGAACGUCACCCGAAUCAGAUAUGGUCAUCACAUGUAUCUCUAUGGAAUGAUGUUUGGUCAAAUGGACGUAUUGAAGUUAAUGGCGACGAUGAAUUGCAACGACAGAUCAAUUCUGCUUACUAUUAUAUACUCAGUUCUCUUCCACCACUGUCCACUAGAAGCGAGCACAAACAAUUCUAUGGUCUUAGUCCAGGAAGUCUUUCACGUGGUGGUCUUGUAUUCAAAGAUUACGCUGGUCAUUCAUUUUGGGAUACCGAAACCUGGAUAUAUCCAUCGAUUCUUCUGUUCUAUCCCACCUUGGCCAAAGAAAUACUUUCAUAUCGUAUUGCUCUACGUGAUUCAGCUGCUGAAAAUGCUCGUUUACUAGGUUAUGAAGGCUGGAGAUUUCCAUGGGAGAGUGCACGAACCGGAGUCGAUGUUACACCAGAUGGUUAUCUUGAUAUUGCUCUCUAUCAACAACACAUCACUGGCGACAUUUCGUUUGCCGCGAGACAGUAUAUCGCUGUAACAGGUGAUCAAAAAUGGUUAAUAUCUGAACAUGGCGGAGAUCUCAUCUAUGAGACUGCUCGAUUUUGGGCAUCAAGAGUUGUGUACACCGUAUUGCCACCUGAUGAAGAUGCACGACCAUUCAAAAACAAUUCUGUAUUUACGAAUGCAGUUGCUUCAUAUUCUAUUCAAUUGGCUGAUCGAGUCAGUUGUAUCACCAAAAAAGCUGUACCUCAAACUUGGCUUGAUAUUGCAUUCAAUUUAUAUUUUCCUUUUGAUAAUCAAACUCAAACUCAUCUUGAAUAUGACGGAUUCGAUUUGAAGAACACAAUUACUAAACAAGCUGAUGUUGUUCUUCUUGGAUUUCCUCUGAUGUGGCCAAUGAGUAAAGAAAUACGACGUAAUGAUCUAUUGUCCUAUGAACCAUUAACUCGUGAUAGUGGACCGGCUAUGACAUGGUCGAUGCAUACAAUUGGAUUUCUUGAAUUAAAUGAUUUUGAAAAAGCUCAACGACUGUUUCGACGUGCUUAUGAAAUUUAUGUUCGACCACCGUUUAAUGUAUGGACCGAGGCGCAGGAUAGUAUAGGUGCUGUCAAUUUCAUCACAGGUGCUGGGGGCUUCUUGCAAGCUAUUAUUUUCGGUUAUGGUGGCCUUCGUCUCAGAUUAGAUCACCUUGAGGUGAUGCCGCCACCUCGUUUGCCUAAUCAAGCUAAAAAGCUUAUUUUUCAUGGUCUCAAAUAUCAUGGAGCAAUACUCGAUUUGACAAUUGACAACCAGAUAUAUCACCUUGAUGUGCGUAUGAUAAAUAACAAUGACUUCAUGCCUCUCGUAUACGAAUAUGAAGAGCAACAAUUUCCACUAAUGAACAACAGUCGUCUCUCAUACCGUAUUAACACUCGUCUUGUCAUUCGCCCAUCAACACGAUUUUGUGCUUGA